AUGUCUUGCUACGACCUGUGCUCCACCACCGUUGGUGGCAUCUACCGUCCCCAGCCCCUCGCUGACAGCGGGAAUGAGCCAUGUGUCCGUCAGUGCCCUGACUCCACAACUGUGAUCCAGCCACCUCCGGUCGUCGUGACCUUCCCUGGCCCCAUCCUCAGCUCCUUCCCUCAGGAUUCAUUUGUGGGAUCCUCUGGAGCACCCGUCCUUGGGGGCUACGGGGGUUCCCUGGGCUACGGGGGUUCCCUAGGCUACGGGGGUUCCCUAGGCUACGGGGGUCUGGGGAGCUAUGGGUCCUCCUUGGGCUAUGGCUCCCUGGGCUACCGAGGUCUGUGUGGCUAUGGGGGCUCCCUGGGUUACAAGGGCCUGUAUGGCUAUGGUAGAUCCUAUGGUUCUGGCUCUUGCAGCCCUUACUCCUACUCGUACAACAGGUACAGCCGUGGCAGCUGCGGGCCCUGCUAA